UGACCCAGUGCCGCUCAUUGUGCACCAAAGUUCACCACAGCAGCCGGCAUGAAGAAGCCUUCGCUGCUCCUGGCAUUCGCCUUCCUGGCUGUUUCGGUCUGCGGCCAAAAUUUUGCUCAGCAAUACCAGAACGCUGAUUUCCGCUUCGCUCCAGAGCACCGUUCGCUUCCUCAACAGGUACAAGAGAGCUCGCAGCAAGUGACGAACUUCUUUAGACCGUCGGAACAACUGCUCAACUCGUUCCAACCGUCCGUUCCGCCCAAUCACGCGCCAAAUCACAACAUUCAGCCGCCCUUCCAGAGGCAAAACACUUUCCAAGGCACUCAGGCGCCUCAAAACACCUUCCAGCCCCCAAGAGAUUCGUUCCAACCCCCGCAGCAGACGUUCCAGCCUCCAGAACAGGACUUUAACCAGAAGAACUUCAACCGACAGCCAAACAAUUUCAACCCCCAGCAGAGCAGUUUCAACCCCCAGCAAAACAACUUCAACCAGCAACAGAAUUUCAGACAGCAGCAGCCGACGCAACCAUCUUUCCAACCGCAGUUCAACAGACCCCCUCAACAGCAGAACAACUUCAACCAGCCCCAGCAGAACAGCUUCAACCAGCCUCAGCAGAACUUCUUCAGCCCUACCCCUCCUCCUUCAACCCAGGCACCGGUGACCACGACCUUCGCCCCGUCACCCAGCACUCCGGAUGUCUCCCAGAAGCAAUUGAGUCAAAAGUUGCUGCAGCAGUUGGGCCAGCAGAUCGCCUCAAACCCCAACGCCCCGAACACCAUCACCCUGCCCAAUGGUCAGAGGGUGCAGGUGCUCACAGCACCCCCUAAAGCUGCCGCUCCCACCACCACAAGCCCACCCCCUGUUGUGAAAACUAUCGAAACCAAGGGUGGGUUGUUGGAUGCCGUGACCCAGGGUGUCGUUCCCGACGGCAUCAAGUACGAGGUCAUCAGGCAGAAGCACGACGGAGAUUUGGAGACUGUCAAGGGCCUGCCAUCUGAUUUACCAAAAAAGGUGACUUUCGUCAUUUUGGAGGAGCAGGACGACGGUUCCUUCAAAGUCCAAGGCGUCCGCAAGGGCGCCGGCAUCCCCGAAGGCUCUGACAUUGCGGCCGAAGCUGCCAAGGCGGCCAAAAAUGGUCAUGAGGACAACGAGGAAGUGCAGAACAUCCUGAAGAAACUGCAGGAUGGCAAACUAAAGUUGCCCACCGGUGGACCGACCAGCUCGCCCAGAAUCGCCACGACCACCCUCAAACCCCAGCCCCGGCAAAGAACCGUGCCGACCACCCAUCAACCCCGCCACAGGGCAGUUACCCCUUUCCCGGUGACCUAUGCACCCUCGACCUCCACCACGUCCCAACCACCGGCCGAGCAUCGCGGCCACUUUGUCGCCUCUCAAAGUAGCCCCGUGUCGCACAGCGUGCCGUCGCCUAACGCGCUAAUUAAGAAGUCGCCGCCGUCGUCUCUCGGAGAUGCACUCAGGGCCCAAGGUCUCCGCUCUAUGGCCCAGUUCCUUGAACAAGUUGGACUCGACCGCGCACUCAACGACUCUAAUCCAUUCACAAUGUUUGUGCCAACUGAUCUGGCCUUCAGGGCCCUUCUUUUGGAACUGGGAGGAGCUGAGAGGGCUCAGGCUAAGUUCAAAGCUAGCCCCCGUCUGCUAAGUGGGCUGCUUCUCCACCACGUCAUCCCAGGCUACUUCAAGGAGAACGACCUGCAGGAUGAGAUGACCGGGGUCAGUUUGGCGGGCACGCAGCUCCGCGUCAACGUCUACUCGAACACCGACCAGUCGUUCAACCCCAAGAGGGUGAUCACCGUCAACGGUGGUGCCAUUUUCGAUCGCACCGCCGACAUUCCUCUUCCCGGCGGCUCCAUUGCCCACUCGGUCAACAAAGUGCUCUUCCCGCUGCCGGUCGGUGACAUCAUGACCUCGCUUGAGGCUGACCCUGGCAGGAGAUUCACCAAACUGGUGCAAAUCGUCAAGGACUCGGGCCUGGACAACUUGCUAACCGCACCUGUACCGGACAGCGCAGAUGAUGGCCGGACGUACUCAUUCUUCGCACCCACCGACGACGCUCUGGCGAAUGCAUCUCCAGAGAUCGCGCAGCUCAUUGAAGCUGGACAGUCUCCCGAACGCAAAGCCGCCCUCAAAGUGCUGCUCGAGAGGCACAUCGCCCCUGGCACACUUUUCUCCGAAGGUGUCACCUACUACCAGGCCACCUCCACCCUCUCUUCAAACCAGCCCCUCAGACUCUUCAAUGAUAAUGGCGUGUUCAAAGUGAACUCGGCGAGAGUAGUGACUCCCGACAUUCCGGCCACCAACGGGGUCAUCCACGCACUCGACAGAUUGCUCUGAGAGGUCGCGACCCCAGUCGCCACCACUCCGCUGUUGUAAAUAAAAAUCUUUCUUCGAAGCGAUGUCGCUGCUUUCACCAUGAUUUGCCAUCUCUUUUGAUUUUAAACUCGCCUCUUUCGCGCCGCGCAGACUCUCGGGUAAUUAGCGAUUAAUCUGCGUGCUUUCUACGGAGAAAUAAAAAAUGAACGUUUUUACGAAUAUCAAAUUUAAUUUUAACGAUUGGCUCGACUUUCAGCUCUUGACGAGAUGACUUUUGUAAAUAGUGCUCGAUUUGUAACCAGUAGAUUUACUGUGGAAAGAAUUUAUUGCUCAGUGAAGUUUUCAAAACAGAGAUGUAUUGUUUGAAAAAAAGACGGGAGAUUUUGUAUAAUUUUAAAAUUCUAAAAAAUGAUUUCUGCUUAAUAUGCUUUUUCUGUUAUUUUUCUCCUUAAUUUUCACUUAACCAAGUUGAAUUUUAAAUGGAGAUGCACUUUCAAAACCAAAGCACUGGCUAUUUUCUGGGACGUAUAAGUGUCAACAUUUUAAUCUCCUAACCGAUUUUUCCACUAGCUUAGGGGCUCUUUUUUCCCAAAAGACCAAUUUUAAGCUGCACACAUAAAUGUUCUCCGCCUUUAUUUCUUCUUGCGAAUUAGUUUAUUUUUUGUUCACAAUCUCCUGUCUAACCUUUGGCAAAGCAGAUCAAGAUUUGUAUGAUAGUAGUAAUAAAUUAUUACCAAAUGUACAUUUUUUUU